AGUGAAAUUCCUGGAAGCCGUCCACCCUCGGGCGGGACCCGGACCCGGCUCCCCUUAGCGGCGUCCAUGGCUCUGAGCAAAGGGCUGCGGCUGCUGACACGGCUGGACCCCACCGGCCCGAGCAGUGUGCUGCUGGAAGCGAGGGGCCGCGGCGACUGCCUGCUCUUCGAGGCCGGCGCGGUGGCCACGCUGGAUUCGGAAGAGAAGGAAGUCAUUAAAGGACAGUAUGGCAAGCUGACGGAUGCCUAUGGCUGCCUCGGGGAACUGAGGUUAAAAUCCGGUGACAUCUCUUUGAGCUUUCUGGUGUUGGUGACAGGCUGCACGUCGGUGGGCAGAAUUCCAGAGGCAGAGAUCUACAAAAUUACUGCCACUGAGUUUUGCCCCUUGCAGGAAGAGGCCAAGGAAGAUGACCGCCUGGCCGCCUUGAGGAAAAUCCUGGGCUCAGGGGUGUUUUACUUCGCAUGGCCCAAUGAUGGCUCCUGUUUUGAUCUGACCAUCAGGGCGCAGAAACAGGGUGAUGACUGCUCUGAAUGGGGGACCUCCUUCUUCUGGAACCAGCUAUUGCAUGUGCCCCUGAGGCAGCACCAGGUGAGCUGCUGUGACUGGUUGCUGAAGAUCAUCUGUGGGGUGGUGACCAUCCGCACGGUAUAUGCCUCCCACAAGCAAGCCAAGGCCUGUCUCAUCUCUCGCAUCAGCUGUGAGCGUGCAGGUGCCCGCUUUCUCACCCGUGGUGUAAAUGAUGACGGCCAUGUGUCCAACUUCGUGGAGACAGAGCAGACGAUUUACAUGGAUGAUGGAGUGUCGUCCUUUGUCCAGAUCCGAGGCUCCGUUCCACUGUUCUGGGAGCAGCCAGGGCUUCAGGUCGGCUCCCAUCAUCUGAGACUACACAGAGGCCUAGAGGCCAACGCCCCUGCCUUUGAACGGCACAUGGUUCUUCUAAAAGAGCAAUACGGCAAGCAGGUGGUCGUGAACCUGCUGGGCAGCCGAGGUGGUGAGGAGGUGCUCAACAGGGCCUUCAAGAAGUUGCUCUGGGCUUCUUGCCAUGCAGGCGACACGCCUAUGAUAAAUUUUGACUUCCAUCAGUUUGCCAAAGGAGGGAAGCUAGAGAAAUUGGAGAACCUGUUGAGGCCUCAGUUAAAGCUACACUGGGAUGACUUUGGCGUGUUUGCGAAGGGCGAGAAUGUAAGUCCACGUUUUCAGAAAGGCACUCUGCGGAUGAACUGUCUCGACUGCCUGGACAGAACCAACACAGUGCAGUGCUUCAUUGCUCUUGAGGUCCUUCACUUGCAGCUCGAGAGCCUGGGGUUGAAUUCAAAGCCCAUCACUGAGCGCUUUGUGGAGUCCUUCAAAGCCAUGUGGUCUCUGAAUGGGCACGGCCUGAGCAAGGUGUUCACAGGGAGCAGGGCCCUGGAAGGAAAGGCCAAGGUGGGGAAACUGAAGGAUGGAGCCCGAUCCAUGUCUCGUACCAUCCAGUCCAACUUCUUCGAUGGGGUGAAGCAAGAGGCCAUCAAGCUGCUGCUAGUUGGAGAUGUCUACAAGGAGGAGUCAACAGACAAAGGAAGGAUGCUGCUGGACAACACAGCCCUUCUGGUGACACCCAGGAUCCUGAAGGCCAUGACAGAACGCCAGGCAGAAUUCACGAAUUUCAAGCGGAUCCAGAUUGCCGUAGGAACCUGGAACGUCAACGGAGGAAAGCAAUUCCGUAGCAACCUCCUGGGGACAGCCGAGCUCACGGACUGGCUCCUGGACGCCCCCCAGCUCUCAGGAGCAGUGGACUCCCAGGGUGAUGGUAGUCCCGCUGACGUGUUUGCCGUGGGGUUUGAAGAGAUGGUGGAGCUGAGCGCAGGAAAUAUUGUCAAUGCCAGCACCACCAACAGGAAGAUGUGGGGCGAGCAGCUCCAGAAAGCCAUCUCACGCUCCCAUAGGUACAUCCUCUUGACCUCGGCCCAGCUGGUGGGCGUCUGUCUUUACAUCUUUGUGCGUCCAUACCAUGUCCCAUUCAUCAGGGACGUGGCCAUCGACACCGUGAAGACUGGCAUGGGGGGAAAGGCGGGGAAUAAGGGCGCCGUGGGCAUCCGCUUUCAGUUCCACAGCACCAGCUUCUGCUUCGUCUGCAGCCACCUGACGGCCGGGCAGUCUCAGGUGAAAGAGAGAAACGAAGAUUACCGGGAGAUCACACACAAACUCUCCUUCCCGGCGGGGAGGAACAUAUUUUCACAUGAUUACGUGUUUUGGUGUGGCGAUUUCAACUACCGCAUCGAUCUUACUUACGAAGAGGUCUUUUAUUUCGUUAAACGCCAAGACUGGAAGAAGCUUAUGGAAUUUGACCAGCUACAGCUACAGAAGUCAAGUGGGAGAAUCUUUAAAGACUUUCAUGAAGGAACCAUUAACUUUGGACCCACCUACAAGUAUGAUGUUGGAUCCGCUGCCUAUGAUACAAGUGACAAGUGCCGUACGCCAGCCUGGACAGACAGGGUGCUGUGGUGGAGGAAGAAGCAUCCGUAUGAUAAGACAGCUGGAGAACUCAACCUUCUCGACAGCGACCUAGAUGGUGAUGCCAGAAUCAGACACACCUGGUCUCCAGGAACUCUCAAGUACUACGGCCGUGCAGAGCUGCAGGCAUCUGACCACAGACCUGUGCUGGCCAUCGUGGAGGUGGAGGUGCAGGAGGUCGACGUGGGAGCCCGAGAGAGGGUUUUCCAGGAGGUGUCCUCUGUCCAAGGCCCUCUGGAUGCCACUGUUGUCGUAAACCUUCAGUCUCCAACUCUAGAAGAGAAAAAUGAAUUUCCCGAGGACCUGCGCACAGAACUUAUGCAGACUUUGGGGAAUUAUGGGACGAUUAUUCUGGUCAGGAUCAACCAAGGGCAGAUGCUGGUGACCUUUGCAGAGAGCCACUCGGCUCUCAGUGUGCUGGGUGUGGACGGCAUGAAGGUAAAAGGCAGAGCUGUGAAGAUUCGACCAAAGACCAAAGAUUGGCUGGAAGGCUUGAGAGAGGAGCUUAUUCGAAAGCGGGACAGCAUGGCCCCCGUGUCUCCCACCGCCAACUCCUGCUUGUUGGAGGAGAGCUUUGACUUCACAAGUCUGGAUUAUGAAUCAGAAGGGGACGUCCUGGAAGAUGAUGAAGACUACUUAGUGGAUGAGUUUGGCCAGCCUGUGGCCUCAGACAGUGAACUUUGUGCAGACGACUCUUGUGACACCGCGAGCUCCUCAGGGCCUGCCAGCAAAUCUCUUGCACUAGCUAAAAAGAAGCAACAUCCAACAUACAAAGACGACGCUGACCUGGUGAAGUUAAAGCAGGAGCUGGAAGUUGUUGGGGACUUUCGCCACCGUUCUCCGAGCAGGUCCCUGUCCGUCCCUAAUAGGCCUCGGCCACCUCACCCACCACAGAGACCCCCCCCUCCAACUGGUUUGAUGGUGAAGAAGUCGGCCUCGGAUGUGUCCAUCUCCCUGGGCACUCAUGGGCACUACUCAAUCUUGCAGACUGCAAGACUGCUUCCGGGAGCACCUCAGCAGCCGCCCAAGGCAAGAACUGGAAUAAGUAAACCUUACAACGUCAAACAGAUCAAAACCACCAACGCUCAGGAGGCGGAAGCAGCCAUCAGGUGUCUGCUGGAAGCUGGCGGAGGUAUCCCAGAAGCAGCCCCAGGUGCCACACCCCUGAGAGACCAAGGGUCUUCCAGGCCGGAGCCUAUGUCUGUGGGAGGCAAUCCAGAGGCCUCCCUGGGGCCCCCAGCCCUGCCCCGCCGGCCUGCUCCUAGGGUUCCUGCUAUGAAGAAGCCAACUUUGAGGAGGACAGGAAAGACCACAUUACCAGAAGACCAAUGUGAGCAGCAGCCUGCCCAUUUUACAAUCGCUUCCCAGGAAAUGAGCCUUGAGACCCCUCCUGCAACAGCAGCCCCUCACGUCCCACCUAUUCCCAAACCAAGAACAUUUCAGCCUGGGAAAGGUGUUGGGAGGAAGCCGAGCAGUGACAAGCCAGCACUGGAUGAAGCUCCUCCCAUGACAGCCGCUGUGGAGUUAGCGCCUCCUCCAGAGGCCCUGUCUCUGGCUCCCAAGGUGCCCCCGAGGAGGAAGAAGUCUGCACCAGCAACCUUCCACCUGGAGGUCUUGAAGAGCAACAGCCCACUUCUCCAGGACCUCACAUGUCCCAGCAGCUCUCCGUCCCCAUUGCAGCCCGACACCCACCCACUCUGUCCACAGGUGGGCCCUCUUGGCCUUUCCUCUGCCGUAAGCCACGGAAUUAAUGGCCCUAUAGUGACAGAGCCCGAGGCGGCCUCUUUUCCCGGCGAUUAUCCAGAUCCUUUCUGGAGCCUUCUCCACCACCCUAAGCUGUUGAGUAAUAACUGGCUGUCCAAGAGCUCUGAGCCCUUAGACUUGGGGUCCAGGGACCCUGAGAGGACACACCCAGACCCAGCACAGGUCAGUGCCUCAGUGGCUGAGAGGUGGCUCCCGCCAGACCAUGGGGGGAAAGAAGAGAAGUAUUGGAGAUGCAUGAAAACUGAGAGGCAACAGACCCAACGCACAUGUCCUGGCGAUGCGUCCUAACAGGGCAUGUAGUACACUUCCUUCCUGAAGCCACCCUAUAGCACACGCAUGAAAAUCAGGUGUGGUGGGCCAGUAUGAGUUUUC